AUUCUCAGUGCAAAACACUUCUUAGCAACUCCGUGAAAUUUCUUCCGCGACGUCAUGUCAUUCGAAAUCGUAAAAAUCGUGCAAGAGCAUUUAGAGAAGAACGAACUUCUCGCUGCGACGGAAUUAAUUAAAGCGCAAACGAGUGAAUCGUUGCAUCUGGUAUGCUCGGAGCUCGUCAACAUCGCCGCUGAGCACUUAACCCGUGACAAUUACGCGAAAAAUGUUGAAAAAUAUCUCGCUUGUGAGAAUCUCCUGCGUUUAAUUGCGGCCCAAGCUGUGAAGGAAGAUGCGCUUUUCGAGUUGUUGGAAGUUUUGGAAGGCGUCGAUCACGAUGAAAAGUUCACGAGUGUCUUAAAGGCGCUUCAAACUGUCUUGCUGCGGAUGGAUCAUAACAAAUCACAGGCAAUCGCAUGGGUUCUUGACUCGGUAGUGCAAUACCUUGAACGAGAGAUAAAAAUGCCGGAUAUGCUAAAAGGACAAGUUGGAGCUGAAAUGGAAAAAUUAAUUGAAAAUGAUCCGACAGUCGAACGCUUGCUGCAACUGUAUUUGACAAUAUUUUUGUUCUUGGAACCUGUCCAACGAUGCUUGCUGACACAAACACACGACGCUACACAAAUAUUUUUCAACCAAGACUUCAACAGCAGGAAUGUCAUGACGACAUUUUUGUUGAAACUGAUGGAAGGCACGUUCGCUCAUCUGAACUUUGACCUCGGGGCGAAGGGUUUUAAGUCUUAUAGUCGACAACGAGCUGAAAAUUUGAUGGAAUUACUCGGAAAAAUUUAUCCAAAUAUUUUUAAACUGUUCGAAGUCAUGGAUGAUCGACAUUUCGUCAAAAAUUUACCUCAAAAACCGAGCAACAAAACGGAUUUCAAGAACAUUUUCUAUUCGGAGGAACGAUUUACAGAACUUUCCGUCGCUAUGGCGUUCUAUUUAACCUUCGUCGAGAAAAUUUUUCUGCCAUUACCUCAAAUCUACCGCAACGAAUACAAAAUUGACAAAGGCCUCUUGUUAGUAAAUCACUUUUUGAACACUACUUUUCCUCAAUUACAGAAGAAAGGCAUCGCCUUGGGGCUGGAAUUGGUAAAUUUAGCCUCAGAUUCAAGUCUGAAAGAUGGCGAUAUCGACUCAGAUACAAGAAAUGCAUUUUUCGACUUGUUAACAAAAGUCGUAGUCUUCUCAUCGGACGAGCAAAAUCGCAAAAACGGCAUGAAACUCUUCGAUUUGUACGUUUCCAAGCACAUUUUGACUGAAAAAUACAAAAUUAUCGAUCAUUUGUUCAACACGACAUCGCAUUCGGGGCUUCUUUCGCAUACAACGAUGAUUUACAAAGGCAUCGUCCUUCAACUUUUGAACUCGGGAGACUUAAGUAACUUCAGUUCUGCCAAAUUUUGUAACAUUUUGAAGACUUACGUGUGUCGCUUGAAAGACGGAGAGAAAACCGACUUGAUGGAAAGUCACGAACUGCUGAUGACGGCUUUGAAUCUCUUGAUUUUCCUCAUGAUGCGUGACAAGGACAACUGUACGGGCAUUUUUAACGUCAUUGAUGAGCUGCAAAAGAGUUUUCUCGAGCCUUUGGAGAAAGCGCUUCAACUUUCGCGGGCACAUUAUGCGAACGAAACUAAUUUGGUUGAGAAGGGAGAAGAGCAAAAGGCAGAAAAAAUGGAAAUUGACAUCCAAAAUGAUGCGGAAGACACUCAACUUGAGAUCACGAAGGAGAAAAAGUUGGAAAUUUUGACUUAUGCGACGAAUAUGUUCGAUAUCAUGAGUCGUUUGCUUGCUCGGGUUCAAGAAUGUGUCGAUCUGAAGAACAAAAAAUAAGUUUUUUUCAAUAAAAAUUUUUUUAAAAUUAAUUU